AUGGACCCUUUUUGGGGACCAAUGACGGCACUCAACAAAUUUCGCCAGAAACUCGGCCAUCAAAAAUUCUACGCGUCGUUGUGGCGAGUGGCUGAAACGAGAGCGGAAUCGCAAUUGCAUGUGAUCAAAUACCUCGACCGAUCGGAGUUUCGCGGAAUCAUCGAUGAUGAAAUGAUCAAUGCGUUGUGUACUCUCAUCAAACGAAAGACGGAAGACUACACGACAAUGCUGUUGAGAUUCAUCGAAACCAAUUUGCCUAUAAGCCCCGGAUUGAAGAGGGAAUAUUUGGAGAAGCUUGUCGAAGCAUGCAUUGCGAGCUUCGAACACGAUGACGUGGAUUUCUACAACCAGAUGUUCGAGUGGCUUUUUCCCGUUGGUGCCCAUAGCCGCGUGGUGAUACCGGUAGUCGGAGCGAUCGUCAACUAUCUCGGACAAACUCGCAGCGGAAUCAAGUACACGCUGUCGAAUGCGAAACAAUCGCCGGAAUUCAAAGUGGCCAGUUUUCUGAGGCAUUUUCGCCACAAAUCGCGCUACCACACGUUCGUCUUCAAUGAUACUUUCGCGUUGUUGUUCGAGAACAUGGACGAGUUCGAUUGCGACACGCGGCCGAUGUUCUACGAGCUUCUCUAUGGCGUCGAUGUGCUAAGCGCGUGGCAGCCCAUCGAAGCAUACUGUCAGCGGAAAAUCGACGAUUCGAAUGAGUGCAAUCGCGGCAGAAAUAUUUGCCAAAUUUCAACGGUUCUUCACCAUUCGUCGAGGGUAUUCGAUGGUCUUUGCCAAUGGAAUAACAAUAUGAGAUUCGCGAUUUUCUCGAAAGUUUUUCCCGUGCUCAAUUCGAAGCGUGUGUUCGAAACGCGAGAAUUUGAAGCCAUCGCAAAAUUGAACGGAAAACUCUAUGGACAUAUCCGAUUCCUCUAUUUCACCGAACCACGCGGAAGGGGUAUGUAUUCAAGAAGGGCCGACGAUGAUCAGCUCAACAUUCUCGAUUUUGCAGUGUUGGACAUGUUUCACAGAUUUGUGACGAUGCUUCUGAAUGCCGCCGAUUUUCUCGGCGAGCGUCACCUCGACGAACGAUGCGAAAUUGUUCCGAUUCUUCUCGAGACCCACUCGCUCAAUAUGUUCAAAGUGUUGGAAAGGCUUCCGGCGAAUUUUCGCCGAUGCCAAACGAGUCUCGAAACGUUGCCAAGAAUUCUCGACAGAUAUCUGCGGCUCAUCGAUGUGUCGAAAUGGCGCGCAAUGAUCGCCACUGGCGAUAACACCGAUUUCGCGUUGAGAAUCAUGCUGCUCAGCGUGUUGGCCGGAAUGCACAAACAAGCGACACAAGAGCCGUAUAAUGUUGAAGCUCUCAAUCUUCAAGACCGAUUGCUUCAGCUACCAUUAAGUCAGCGCUCGAAGUUUUUGACGCCAACCGAAAUAGGCAUCAUCGAGAGGAGCCGAAUAUUCGAGAAGGUCGCCGAUGUGCUAUGGAGCGCGAUUGGACGUCAAGAAUUCGCAUUUCCGAAUCUUGCGCGCGUCGAUUUUCUAUCGGAACGAAUCAGUGAGGUGACGCUGGGAUUCCAUGAGGAUUUCGUCAUUCAUCAGCUGGUUUCAGAUGAUUUGAAUGUACGGGAAGCCGGUGUUAAUAAAUUGAAGCCUUCUCGACGAGUCGGAACGACAAGGCUGGAAUCGACGGUGUGGAUGAGCCCGACGACGGCGAUGCUCUCGCUCGAGGUGUAG